GUGCAGAACAUACUGACCCUGUUGGAUAUCGGGGCCAUUCAAGACACGCAAGCUAAUCGAUUAAGUGGAGGACAGAAGCGGAAAUUGUCCCUUGGGAUUACUUUCUUAGGAGACCCACAGGUCUUGUUACUAGACGAGCCAACUGCCGGGCUGGAUCCUUAUUCUAGACACCGGGUGUGGGCCCUCUUGAGUGAGCGCAAGGCAGGCCGGGUAACUCUGUUCACCACUCAGUUCAUGAACGAGGCAGAUAUUCUUGCUGACCGGAAAGCCUUUAUCUCGCACGGCAGACUGAAAUGUGUUGGCUCAUCGCUGUUCUUGAAGAAAAAAUGGGGUAUUGGCUAUCAUUUAAGGAUGCAUGUAAGUGAGCUCUGCAGCCCUGAGAGAACAACAGCUCUGGUCAAGCGAUACAUCCCUGCUGCCGUAUUGUCUGGGCAGCGUGAGAAUGAGCUGAGUUAUACGCUGCCCUUAGAAAAUGUGGAUAAAUUUCCAGAUUUGUUCAGCGACAUGGAUGGCCAAACAGACCUGGGAAUUGUGAACUACGGGGUGACCAUGACAACUCUGGAAGACGUCUUCCUGAGGCUGCAGGGAGAUGAAACCAUCGACGCCGAAGAUUAUGGUGCUCAUCAUGGAGAACGAGGGGACAAGGGUGAAAGGGAACAAGAUGUGCUGUUGCUCUCAGAUGCUGGACAGGCAACAAUGAAGGGCGCUGAGCUCUGGAGAAGCCAAGUUUGUGCCAUGGCAAGAAUGCACUUCUUAAAUCUCAGGCGUGAGAGGAAAGUCUGGGCAUCCCUAUUACUUCUUUCUGGAAUAAUGCUAGCACCUUUUUUCCACAAUUUAAUAUCAGUGCAUAUUUGGUUGAAUCUGCAUUAUGGAGAGCUUCAUCCUCGCCUGUACUUUGAGCCAGGAAGGCAGUCUUUCAUGGGAACCAGUGGACUCCUGAUCCUCAAUGACACAGGCAAGGGGGUGGAAGGGAAUACACUACUGUCUGCCUAA